GCAGAUGUUUGACAUCAAAUUUAAUCUUUUUUUCUCUCUUCUAGGUAAAAGAUAGAGUAUAUCAAGUCAAUGAACAGCAAAUUUCCCAAAAGAUGAACAAUUCCACAAAAGAAAAUGAAGAACUGAAGCGGAAAUUGUCAAAUUAUGAACAGAAGAUGAAGGAACAGGUCAAAGAAAUCAUGAAGCAAAAUAUGAUUCUUUCUGAUGAAGCAACUAAAUAUAAGAAUAAAAUGAAGCUUCUUGAAAAAGAUAAAGAACUUCUGGAGGAGAGAGCUAAAAGUCUUCAUGUUAUGUUAGAAUCUGAGAGAGAACAGAAAGCUAAGACUCAGGACUUGAUAAUGGAAAAUAAGAAAUUGAUAGAGAAGCUUAAAGAGAUCAUUUCAGUGAAUACUUCAGAGCUUCAAAUUCUCCUUAAUGAAGCUAAGCUUCGUGAAGAGAAGGUGAAGUUGGAAUGCUGUCGGCUUCAGAAAGAAAAUACCAUGCUUAAGAAGAAGAAAGAGCAGAUAUGCAGCUCCAGAAGUUCUUCUCCAGCUAAGGUGACAGAUGAGGGCAAGGUUAAUAUGGCUAUGAAAGGGCCCCCUCCUUUCUCAGGGGUACCCUUCAUGGGCCCCCCGAUGGGACCCCCUAUGGGACGGCCUCCACCACCUCCCAUUUGGUAUGGACCGCCACUUCAGUUCGAUGGGCCUUUUGGGCCUCGGCCAAUUCCUCCACCAUUUGGUCCUGGUAUGCGUCCACCAAUAGGCUUCAGAGAAUAUGCACCAGGUGUUCCACCUGGAAAACGGGAUUUGCCUUUUGACCCUCGUGUUUUUUUUCCAGGACCCGCACCAUUUAGACCUUUAGGCUCAUUUGGCCCAAGAGAGUACUUCAUUCCUGGUGCCCCAUUACCACCUCCAACUCAUGGUCCCCAAGACUAUGGGCCACCACCUGUUGCAAAAGACUUAAUGCCUUCAGGCUUUAAAGAUGAACCUCCACCUUCACCUGAUUCUCAGAGUAGUGAGGGCUGUUCACAGGCCUUAAAACUGGGCCCAUAAAAUUAACCUCUGACACUUAGUCAGAAAGUGGAUUAUGAACUAUUAUUCAUUGUGUUAAAGGAUUAUUGGCUUCAAAAUAUAAAAGUUUAUUUUAAAUGGUUUAUGUUUUUAGAAUGAAGCUGCCUUGGUGCAGUACACAUUUUGAGCCAAAAUAUUUUCCCCCUAAAUAUCCCCCACUUAAGCUAGAGUAUCCUUCCAACUUUAAAACAUGCAAUAAGGAAUACCUUUGUUUUAGUUAAUGUAGCAUAUACAAUUGCUAAAUGAUUUAGAAUGUCAUAAUUAUGGACAUUUCCUCUGGAAAUGCUUUAAGAACAUGUAUUUCCAUUAUCCUAUUUUUAGUGUAUUCCAGUUGAUAGAGAAAUGGUGUUUUAUAAGCUUGAUUUUUCUCUUCCAGUAUCUGGUCACAGAGACUGUUAUGCUAAAAAUGUUUACUCAAAGAUCAUAAACUUCAUUUUCCUUCUUGCUGAAGUUCUUUGUUGUAAUAGUUCAUAAAAAAUUGUUUAUUAAUA